UUGCCCAGCCUUGGAGACUUCCUACCGAUUUCGGAAUGUCCGACAUUUUUGUGUUCUCGAGUUCGAUCCUUACACUUGAAGCAGAUCUAUGGGACUACCUGCAUAUCUAUUGUCUUUAAUGUAUUGGGAUGUUUGGUUCUUGAGCUGAAACUAGCCUUAAAACUGUGUUCGGAUUCUCAAGAUCAGAUCUAAAACAGUAAACUCAACUUUCAUCAUUAUAUCUAAUAGUGUGUUCUUAAGAAUCUCCAUGUCUCAGAUUUCCGUGGGAUACUGUGGCUAUGUUUAGUUAAUAGUUAAAGCUACUAAAUUGUGAACUACUGCGCAACAAAGUGUGUGUGUGUGUGUCUAAGCAUGUCCCCGGCGAUGACGCAUUGUUCUAAACAUGACCGCUCGGACUCUAUCGGUCAUCUAAUGGAUAAAGAUGCACUAAAGGCUGACUGCCUGUUGAAAUUCGAGUCCAAUGAGAAACUGAACAAGACGAUACUAAGUGAGGAAGACGAAGAAGAUGACGACCAGGAGAACGGAGACGACGCCGAUGUCCAUGGGCCGCAACAACUGAAGCAGCAGCAACAGCAGCCACAGGGCGCUAAGAAAACCGUGGCGCAGAUCAUGCGUGACAAGAAGAAACAGACUCAUAUGACUCUGCAAUGGCUAGAAGAGAAUUACUGCAUCUGUGAAGGAGUGUGCCUGCCCAGAUGUAUCCUGUACUCUCACUACCUAGACUUCUGCCGGAAGGAGCACCUUUAUCCAGCAUGCGCAGCCACUUUUGGAAAGACCAUUCGUCAGAAGUUUCCGCAUUUAACCACACGACGUUUGGGAACACGAGGCCAUUCAAAAUAUCACUACUACGGGAUUGGUAUAAAAGAGACCAGCCAGUACUAUCAUUCAGUCUACUCUGGUAAAGGACUUACAAGAUUUUCGGGAUGCAAGUUAAAAAACGAGGGAGGAUUCACCAGAAAGUAUUCACUAAGUUCUAAAACAGGAACUCUCUUGCCUGACUUUCCGAAUGCCAAGUUUCUGAUCCUGCCUAAUUCCUUGCCCAGAGAGAAGGUGGAGACGCUCAUUAUGAUGUACAAGACACACUGUCAAUGUAUUCUUGACACAGCCAUCAACGGAAAUUUUGAAGAGAUACAGAACUUCCUUCUUCACUUCUGGCAAGGUCUACCCGAACACUUGCUGAGUCUCGUGGAGAAUGACGUCAUUGUAGACAUUCUCUGUGUGUGUGACUCCAUACUCUACAAGGUGCUAACUGAUGUACUGAUCCCCUCGACCAUGCAAGAGAUGCCAGAAAUAUUACUUUGCAAUAUUCGAAACUUCGCCAAACACUGGGAGAGCUGGGUAUCGUCUGCCCUCGAGAAUCUCCCAGACAGACUCCUGGAGCAGAAGUUGCAGGUGGCCAGAAGGUUUGCCCAGUCACUGAAGAGGCAAACUUCCUUCCUUCACCUGGCCCAGACGGCACGUCCAGUUCUCUAUGAUGCCAGUCUGGUCAACGCCAUGAUAGCAGACGUGGACCGCAUUGACAUCCACAGCAUCGACUCGCAGGCUCUGCACAGCAGCAGCAGCAACAACAACAGCGCUGAAGAUGAGGACAUGCAGCUAAGUGCUGAGUUUUUACGAGAUAUUAAAGAAGUCCUACGGAAACAAGCAACUGUUGAGGCUUUUACUGAGUGGCUUGACCUUGUGGUGGAACAAAAAGUGAUCAAGCCGAGCAAACAAAAUGGUAAAAACUUCAAAAAGAGAGCCCAGGACUAUUUGCUCAAGUGGUCAUUCUUUGGCGCCAGAGUCAUGCAUAAUCUCACUUUAAAUAACGCACAGAGUUUUGCCUCGUUUCACUUGAUCCGGAUGUUACUGGACGAGUAUGUCCUCUUGGCUGUGGAGUGUCAGUUGCAUAAUGAGAAAGAACAAGAGUUGCAGGCCUUGUUGGAGAAGCACGUGAAGCCAGACGAUACCGGGGUUAAGUUGACCCUACAGCAACCGGCCGGAACUUGUUUUGUGGCGAGUCAGAGCAAAACUCCGACACAGGGCGAUGUGUUGAAGAAGGAGGACUACCCUGAGCAGGUGGUGGCAGCUCCCCCGCACUCCCAUCUACCCACCAAUGGCAGAGAUGCUUUCAGCCUAGGUUCCCAGAUGUCUCAGUUCACACCGCUUCCACAGGGCCUCCCUGCAUCCGGUCACCACCUCUUGACGCCACCCGUGUCUCCCGUCUUGCAGAGCGUCGCUGGUCAGAGGUCAACCGUCAUUAGUCAAGGUCCGAUGGCUACAUUUGAAAACUCAACCCCCAAGCCCAACUACAUGGAUAAGACUCAUUCAAGUUAUACAGAUGCACCGAGAGGAUUGAACUAUAUUCAUACACAGAACAACCAUUCCAGUUUCAAUUACAACAUUGAAUCACUAAGUAGCGCCCAUCAGGGCAACAACGACUCCUCGAAGGGCCCCAGCAACACCAACGCCGCUGUAAACCCCCCUACAACAUGCGACUCACGAGACGCUGAUUACCUGACCCAUAGCAGUAACUCUCUGGCUAGUCGGGGAGGUAUUUACGCCCCCCACACCUACCAACCGACCUCAUUCAUCGCCCACCACCCCGGCGGAUAUUCUGGAGCCUUGUACCACCAAGCGCCCUACGGCGCCAUGACCGAGCUGAACCAGGCCGCCCACUUCACCACCCCGUACGCCAACGGGCAUCAUUUUCAUUCCGAUGUAACGCCUUACUUCUCUCCCUUCUGUCACAACCAGACAAUACAACACGGAUACGCCCUGGGUGGCUCCCCAAGCCCCGUACUGCCGACGAACCACGGCACAGGGAGUGCAUUCAAUCUGGUUUCCCUGCAGCCUCCACCUGGCCAAGGACAUAUCUACCCGAAUUCAGACUAUUUCACAAGUUCAACAUUUCCAAGGCCUUUAGUGGAGCAUGUUCCGGUGAUUCAGCCUCGGUUUCAGUCAAGCUCCUCUCAUUUUCACAACGAGGCUACAGAUCCACUCAACCUGUUAGAUAAGUCCUACAGGAGCAAAGAUAUUUACUGUUCAGCACCCAAAGAGUCCAUGACGGUCUACGGAUCAAGUCAUAGUCCCAGAUUGGUCUCCCAACAUCAGUGCGGGGUCGGCCACGAUCAUCCAGGCCAGACCUACUCCCACUUCUCAAGUGAUGACUACUUGUCAAACAUAAGUAGGCAAAUGAACACAGUCAUAAACGCAGAAGCGGACAUCUACACACCGUAUUCGGAAAAUUGACCGCUGGCUUACAAGAAACUAGAUACAAAUCUAACUAUGUCGAUUACUUGAGAAUGUACAUGCUAUCAAGCCGGUCGGGAGGGGGGAGAUAAUCAGAACAAUUUUUUUCUCUCAUGUUACUAAGUUGUUACUAAGUUACCUCUCUUUUUAUAUCUUCUGUUGUUUUUUUUUUCUUCCUAUCAGUGUAUGUGUUACUUUUUGUGGAGUAUGUUGUUUUUUUUUAAAGUAUGUGUUAAUCAAUGUUGCUCUUAUGUAGUAAAAAUUUAAUUAUGCAUUUAAUCGCCAUAUUUUUACUGUUAAUAUACCGACUGUACUAAUGA